GUAAUGGUUAUAAUCGUGACCCAACCCGCAGUGAGACUUUGAACAUUCGGAGUAAUGCAUGAUGUUAUGUUUACCUCAAAACUUGUUACUUUCGUUUCGUGUCUCAGGUUUUGGUGAUCCCUGUGUAUUAUUAUCUAAAGUUUUCACUACAUAAUAAACAAUGUCGAAUUACUAUUACAAUGACAGUGAUACUACCAAUGUUAUUAAAUAUUCAAGGGAAGCGACUAUUUUGGCGGCAUGCUGUGCAAUUAUUUUUUGUGUUAUCGGCGUUAUCGGUAAUCUGGUGACAAUAAUAGCUCUAAUAAGAUGUCCAAAAUUAAGAAUCCACGCUACAACUGCAUUCGUCUUAUCUCUUUGCAUCUCCGAUUUGAUAUUCUGUUUAGUUAAUCUACCUCUUACUGCCGCAAGGUACAUCUAUCAAGCAUGGGUUUUCGGAGACGCUCUGUGUAAACUAUUUCCGGUGUUGUUUUAUGGAAAUGUUGCCGUUUCCGUGCUAAAUAUGGUAGCAAUUACCUUAAAUAGAUACGUGCUUAUAUCUUGCCAACAAUACUACAAUCGACUGUAUUCCAAAGUAUCAAUAUGGAUCCAACUACUGUUUAUUUGGGGAAUCGCGUUCCUUCUUAUGAUGCCACCGCUGAUAGGAAUAUGGGGACAACUAGGCUUAAAUCCCUCUACAUUUUCCUGUACCAUAUUGAGUAAAAAUGGAAAAUCUCCGAAAAAAACCAUAUUUUUGAUUGGAUUUAUUCUACCAUGUGUUGUAAUAAUUCUAGCUUAUUCAUGUAUAUACUAUAGCGUUCGGAAAUCGAGAAAAAAACUUAGAUCGCAUCGCCCAAUCACAGAAAAGAGGAGUUCCCGCCGAGAACGAGAUGACAGUCGCUUGACAAAAUUGAUGGCCAUUAUAUUCCUUUGCUUCCUAAUAUGCUUCUUGCCACUGAUGUUAGUAAACGUUUUGGAUGACGUGACUAUUAUGUUUCCAACAAUCCACGUGUUAGCAUCUAUAGCCACUUGGGCUUCUAGUGUAAUAAAUCCUUUUAUUUAUGCAGCUAGCAACAGACAGUAUCGUUCCGCUUAUUCGAAAUUAUUCAUAAUCGUUAAAUCUAGUGUAGUUUUUUCUGAUUCCAAACAUAAUUCUAACUUGAAACUUGAUAAAAAUUCGGUUACCUACAAACCUAGUGGCAGCGUCACACAUUCCUGAACUAUAAACAUUUUAGCGAUUCAAUACAGAUACCCUAUAUUUAUUUUUCAAAAUAAGAUGCUAAUAGACUGGUAUUAUUAUUUAGAUAUUUAAAAAUGUUUGUUUUGUACAAUUUAUGUAAGGAAAAGUUUCUGCAUGGCCAAAGAAAUAAUGAACAUCUAGUAGCAUACUUAUAACAGAAAACAAGAUAAACAUGUUCAUAAAUAUAAUUGAAGAUAACUACCUACAUUAGUAGUGAAAGAUAUUGUUAUUAUAGGGAAGUACACUGGUACAUUUACAUCUAAAUACGCUAUUUUGUUGCAUACCUUAGAUUUUAAUGUUGUUUGAUUUUAAAAAUUUAAUAAUCAUCAAUAUUGUUCUCUAAAAUAUAUUAUUUGUACACAAUGCAAACUGACAGAUUGCAAUUUUCAUUAAUGCUUUUUGUUUAAUUGAAUUCAAAAUUUUCUUUUAAUGAUAAAGUAAUAACAAACGGCUCGCUCAUUCAGGUAGUGAAAUCGUUUCCAUAGGAAUAAGAUUGAUUCUAUUGAAAAUGUUAACCUUAUUACCUUAAUACCUUAUUUGUUUUCUGGCAAUCAAUGAAAAAUAACUUGAUCAAUAUAAUUUAUUUGGAUGUCAUUAUAUGCGAUAAAGUACUGAAAUUUAUGUAAAUGUAAAUUUAGUAAAGUAGAUUAAAUAAAGAAACUUAGGAGUAUUGCUUGAAGAUUGAUUUCAUCAUUGAAUAAAAUGAUAUUUUGAGUUAGUCAAAUAUAUUUAUGAAUUACACAUUUGAAUCUCACUCUUUUCUUAUUUUUUUAUUAUUCAUUACAGUUUCUUUUUAUGUAUUGGACAAGAAAAAACUAAAGAUAUAUUAAUAGUAUCACUUACAGCUAUAAAUUAAUAUGUAUACUCAUUUGACUAUUCUAAAUUAGGCAAGCUAUUAUUUAUUAUAACUAGAAUAGUUUUAAAUGUUUCGAAAUAGUUGAAACCAAGUUACCCGAUAAAUAUUUGUUUUUAAAUCCCGACAUUAAGUAGUUUGUUAACUAAUUAUUUAAGCUUGGAUUAAAUUUUGGAAUGUAUAUCAUAUUUGAUAUGUUGGUUUUGGACAGAGAGAACUUGAUAGAAAUUGAAUAUUUGGAUGUGUGGUAGAUAAUUACCGUACAUUUCCAAGUUUUCGAUAAUAAUUUAUUAUGGAUACUGGAAUCCAAAUAUGUAAGGAUCUAUCCAUUGACUUGACAAAAAUAUGACGUAACAUGUCGAUAACAAUUGAAACUUCACUUAAUCAAAAAUGGCUGCUUUAGUGCAUGUGGCAACUAUCGCUCAACAUUUUUGUUCUACGACCACGUUUGCUGUGCAACUUGCAUCUACAUAAAGUUUGAUGUGAGAUCAAUUAUCUUCUAUAAAAGAGAACUAGUAGUUCCUUUAUCAUAUGCAGAAGACAUAAUGUAAGAAUAGCAUUUACCCUGUGGUCGCAAAUUAUUAUUUAUUCAUUUAUUUCUGAUUUGAAUCAAAUUGAUAUGGAGAAGGAAGUUUGGUAUGAUAUAAAUAAUCCCACUCAUUCAAUAGAAUAUAAAAACACAUAGGAAAACAACAUAAUGUGUAAAAGCUAUUAGAAACAAUAAUAAAAGAAAAUUUAAAAAUUAAUAUGAAGAUAAAUAUUUACGCAAAAGUAAUUAAACGAUUCCUUCUUUUUCAAAUCUUGGUAGAACAUUAAUAAAUAUUAUUUACUUUUUCUUGAGUACUUAACUCCUCUUAUUAAAUUCUCUUCAUUUGAUGAAUUUAUAGGUGGAAAAGACUUUGUUAUAUAUUUUAAUUUUAACGCAUCAAAUGAUGGAUAAUUUACAAUACCAUUGAUAAUAUUAGCUUUAUUCAGGCUACACAUUUUACAUCGGUGAUCAGCGUCAAAUUUGUAAUUGAUUUGAUUUAAGUAAAUAUUUCCUCUUUUUAUUAGCUUAACGUAGCUGUAUUAUUAAUCAAGUUUAUUAAUAUGAACAUUAGGAAAUAACAAUCAAUAGACUGAAAAUUAUACGUAUAUAUGAGAUUAAAACCACUAUUUAAAACAAACUCUAUAUCUUUACUUAAGCAGUUUUUUAAAAAACUUUAAAUAGCUCAUAGUGACUAGUUAUUCAAGAAUAUUUAUUAGAUUGCUAAGUAUGAUCAAUAUGUUUAUGAGAGAUAAUUAAGAAAUUAAAGAGAUCGCGUAUGCCAAGACUUCUCCCAAAGUAAACUUAUUGUUAUUAUAAGAUAUUGCCUUAUGUCCCUAGUAUUAGUUUUAUCCAAAAGUGUAGCAUAAUAUACUUGAAAAUUAAUGAGAUACUGUUUCAGAUAUUAAUUAAUCAAUUGUGCCAUGACUAUCUUAAAAUCAUAAGGCUUCACAGUUAGCUAGUCUGUUUUACCAGAAAAAACCAAACACCUACAUGGUAUACGAUAAUAUUGUAUUACUGUUGUAUUCACACAUACGGUUUUACAUUCCUUUUAUAUUCCUUAGCCAUAAUUAGGUGCUUCUCUCUUUUGCUUGGAUGUGGAUUGGAAAUGGAAAUUAUAAAAUGUAGACCUUCAAGAAUGGGAAUACAUAUUUUAAAUUAUGGAACGAAUACAAAAGGUUAUUUGGAAAGUAAAAUCAUGACAUGAAAUGCUGUCUUUUCAACGUACUCCAAUGUAAAUAUUUAGUUUAGUGUAUUUUUUUAAAAUAGGAAAUGACAAAAUGAUGUGUUUAUCAUUGUAGUUUUGAGUUAGAUGUAAAAAAACCCUAGACCAAAAUAGUUAUUGGUGUGUUGAGCUUUGUAAGAAUAUUUGAAUAACCAAGAAAUCCCGGCUGAGAUUUUUUUAACUUUGUCUAAAUUUGUUUAAUAAUAAUGUAAGUUCAACAAGCAUUUGUUGAUUUCCAUAUUUGCAUUCAAAAUUGUUCACUUAAUUUAGUGAAUAUAAUUUUUUUAUAAACACAAAUUUUUCAAUUUUUGUUCAGUUUUUUUGUAUAUGACAGUUGAAAUUUGUGAUCCUAUCAUAUUUAUUAUAACUAGUGUGAUACAUUUGUAGUUACCAACAUUUUUUUUGUUGUGUCAAUUUUUGUACCAGUGAAAAUAAAAAUAAAAGUAUAUGAAUUUUA